GGUGGCGCCUCCAAGCGAUCAAGAUCCUGGCGCACCCCCUCGACCACGGGCUGCGACGACCACCUUCAGUCGUGGGUGCAGUGCGUGCGAGUGUGCAGCGGUCCCGAGAGCUGCUGCGAGAGACCGGCGUGGCUUGGAGUGCGCGCGAAGUUAGAUACGUGAUUCGUGCGGUCGAGAGAGGGCACAAAGGGGCCAGACGUAUCGUUCACAGUGGAGGAAUCGGGGGACCAUGAUGCCCCCCAUAAUCGGGGAAACGCUGCGCGUAUGGUUCCUCUCGGCGCUGGUCGUUCACGGAGCCGUUGCCGGGAAUCCGGACGCGAAACGCCUCUACGACGACCUGCUGUCCAACUACAACAAACUCGUGCGUCCCGUGGUUAACACCUCGGACGUGCUGCGCGUAUGCAUCAAGCUUAAGCUUUCGCAACUUAUCGAUGUGAACUUGAAGAACCAAAUCAUGACGACAAACCUGUGGGUUGAACAGUCAUGGUACGACUACAAACUACGAUGGGAGCCGAAGGAGUACGGCGGAGUUCACAUGUUACACGUGCCGUCCGAUCACAUAUGGCGGCCUGACAUAGUCCUCUACAACAACGCGGACGGCAACUUCGAGGUGACCUUGGCCACGAAGGCCACGAUCUACCAUCAAGGAUUGGUCGAGUGGAAGCCGCCGGCCAUAUAUAAGUCAUCCUGCGAGAUCGACGUGGAGUACUUCCCAUUCGACGAGCAGACCUGCGUCCUCAAGUUCGGUUCGUGGACCUAUGACGGCUUCAAGGUCGAUCUAAGACACAUGGACGAAAAAUCGGGGAGCAACGUCGUGGACGUGGGAGUUGACCUGUCCGAAUUCUACAUGUCGGUAGAAUGGGAUAUUUUAGAAGUGCCUGCAGUUCGGAACGAGAAGUUUUACACUUGCUGCGACGAGCCCUACUUGGACAUUACGUUCAACAUCACGAUGAGGAGGAAAACUCUCUUCUACACAGUGAACAUUAUUAUCCCCUGCAUGGGGAUAUCGUUUCUCACGGUUCUCACAUUUUACCUGCCUAGCGACAGCGGAGAAAAGGUAACGCUCUCCAUCUCGAUUCUCAUCAGUCUUCACGUGUUCUUUCUGCUGGUCGUCGAGAUCAUCCCGCCGACAUCGCUGGUUGUGCCGCUGCUCGGAAAGUACCUGAUAUUCGCUAUGAUACUCGUCUCGAUAAGUAUAUGUGUUACCGUGGUUGUUCUCAACGUUCACUUCCGUUCUCCACAAACGCACAAAAUGGCACCUUGGGUGAAAAGAGUUUUCAUACACAUUCUUCCGCGGCUUCUAGUCAUGAGAAGGCCUCAAUACAAAUUUGAACCUAACAGGUUCACUUCCGGCAGAGUGCUAAUGAGGACCGUUAGAGGAAAGGAGAAGACUUGCUAUUAUCCUUAUCAUCAGUCGACUCAGGAAGACAGCGAAGAACACCUCACACCCAAGAGAUUUCAUAGUCGUCCUCCAUCAAAGGAAGACCUCUCGCCUUCCAGUCUUACGGACGGUGCGAGGUUUGGAGGCAGCUGCUUGAUUCAUGGUCCCCCUUUGCCGUCGUUGCCAUUACAAACCGAAUGUGAAGAUCUCUCUGGGGAUGCAGGAAUAGAGGAAGUCAAGAGUCCCGCACUACGAAGUCCACCCACCUUCUCGCACUCCCGUUGUCCGCCGGAAGUACACAGAUCCUGCAUCUGCGUGCGUUUCAUUGCGGAGCACACCAAAAUGCUUGAGGACUCAACUAAGGUAAAGGAGGACUGGAAAUACGUGGCGAUGGUCCUGGACCGUCUAUUCCUCUGGAUCUUUACUUUGGCGGUUCUGGUGGGCACCGCAGGUAUCAUCCUGCAAGCGCCAACUCUCUACGACGAUCGGGUGCCGAUUGACAAGAAGUUCAGCGAGUUCGCGACCACGACAGUGGUGAGGUGUCCACCCCAGUAGUCCAUGCCCGAGCCCUGCACCGUAGAGAAGGACUAAGGACCAGUAGUCCCUGGACCUAGUCUUAGGAGUGUCCGCAAGCUCCGCAACCUCCUUAUCCACAAUGACGAAAUUACGGCAAAAGGGCUCCGAUCUUGCAAAGAGUGAUCGAAAGUAUACGACCGACGAUUUCAAAGACGACGAACGGGACGCUAAGCUCCUGUGAGGGAGGGACAAGAACCGAAAGAAACGAAAUAGACGUCGUCUGUCUGGGAAAACCGCGUCGUCGAUGAAAGGGUGAGAGUCGCCUCGCGAAAGGAGACGAUGUUACAAAGUUCUGAACGAAAGAGAGAGAGAGAGAGAGAAAGAGAAGGGAGAGAACUCGAUGCGACGUCGUCGUUUGAACAAAUUGUCUCCCAAAUAAGAACGCGAAACUUGCAAGGAGAUCUACGUACACCUACCAUAGUCUGCUCAAAUAAAUCGUAAUACCAAGCUGCCACUAUUUAAUCGGGUAACACAUCAGGCGGACGUUACACGGUGUAACGCUGUAUAAUAUAAAUGUCCCGGGGACUGAAGAAAACGCGACGAUCGAGCUUCCGAUCUCCGCCUGUCGUUCGUCUAAACGCGCGCGGACGGACGUUAAAUUAUCGUUCGAAUAGGAUUCGAGAUAGUAGGACUUGGCGCGAAUUAGAACUAAACGCGAAGUUAAUUAAUGUCAUAUUUCACGUCUACGUUGUAGAUUUGUAAUCUAAAACGGGACAGCCAAUACGAAGAUAGCUUUGACUGUCGACGACGUCGCGUUGCGGUUGUAUUGCUGCGGCAUCUUUCACACACACAUACACACACGCGCGCGCAUUCAACACCGGGAACGUUUUUCUUUUUGAACGUUUUUUUUUUUUAGCAUUAAUCAAUUCCAUAGCUUGUCGCGUGCAGUUUCCUGAAGUUUGGCGCUCGCAAGCUUCUACGUCGCGGUGAAGAUUCGCAGUACCACCGCAACACGACGACAGCAAUCCGUACGCGAACAAUACUUCGCUCGAACGACGAAGGUCGCGUUUCGCGAGCAUUUCGUGUCACCCUUUGCUUACGCGGGCCGCGAACCGCUCGCACUGCGCGAAUUAAUUAAGGUAAUCAGCGCGUAGCUAACUCUCGUCGUACGCAGACUUUAGGGCGUAAAACCUUACUCGAGGUGUAUAACCAGUUGAUAAUUUUAGAAACGUAAUACGUUUAUACGAGCAUAUAUAUAUAUAUAUAUAUAUAUAUGUAUUUAAGAGCGACGGACGAGCCGAUGGCGCGUCAGUAGCGCGAAAUACUAUUCGACUAUAUCUGAAAAAUAUUUAACCAACUAGAAAAAAAAUUUCCUUUUUGAUAAUGUUUCUACUGUAUCUAUUCUCUUUCACAGUUUCAUCUUUCCGCGGAUAUUUCGUGUCUAUCAUGAAAUUCUCUCGCCUCUUUCUCUUUUCCAAUAACCAAUGUAAAUAUCUUUAUUCAUAUAUGAAAUUGUACUAUUUUCUAUUCUCUUCGCGAAGAGCGCAUAUCUCGCGUCGCCGACGCGUCUCGUGUUACCUCGUCCCGAUAAGAAUAUAUUGUAUUUUGUAACAAAAAAAAAAGUGAAACACGUGAGAGUACGAUAAAGAAAAUAAUCGAUAGUACGGUAAGAACAAGUAAAGCAUACGAAUUCUAAAGCUGAUAGUUGUAGGGAAUUGAACAACCUAUUGACGCCGUUGUUCAAUACCGUAGUUCGUGGUCGUUGUCAUUUCAUUGUUUGUUUUGCCCUUUUUCCGUUCCCUUUUAUAGAGACGGUUAACGCGUCAUGUAUACUUGUCAUUGUGGUUAAACGACCGUCUGUCGCGAAUCGCCCGUGGGGACUUGUUACUCGCGUGGAACAUAAAUGAACGUCGGAGAAUUAUGCUGGAUCCUCUUCUUGUCUAAAUUGUCGAUUUCUCGGGUAAGCGAGGAAAAUUCAGAGAUGGUACUUUUUACUGUGAUAACUUAACACGAAUUUAUAUGUAAUUCAUUGCAAAAUUUAUAAGGAUACUGAGAAUUAUCCUACUUAUUAAUUUAUAUAGGACAACGUUUGAGGCCAUUAGCUUGAGCUCAAAGGAACUUAAUCGACCAAUUGUUCUCUAGAUUGAAACGAGCGUCCGGUUUUAUUCCGUAUAUUACCGAUAUUUACAUAUGUGAAAAAAAAGCACGAAAGAAUAGACACUUUCCUCUCGAUGAAACAAGAGGAUUCACGAUCGACUUUACUGAUAGCCUUUUAGGUCGACGAUCGAUAUACUCGCCGUCGAUAUACCCAAUUCUCCGGCGUUUUUUAGGACUUUUAGCCACUAAUUAACGAGUAAUAAUUUUCGCGCAUUCUAGACAUAAUAUUACCUAGUACAUACAUUGAAUUGUAAAAAAAAA